AUGUCCUUGAUACGAAGCAGUCACCCUGGUGAGAAACCAUAUAAAUGUUCCGAAUGUGGCAAAUGCUUCAAACGGAACUCUUCUCUUGUUUUGCAUCACCGAACUCACACUGGAGAGAAGCCUUACACUUGCAACGAAUGUGGAAAGUCUUUCUCCAAGAACUACAACCUGAUUGUGCAUCAGAGGAUCCACACCGGGGAGAAGCCCUACAGCUGCAGUAAGUGUGGGAAGGCCUUCAGCGAUGGCUCAGCUCUGACACAGCACCAGAGGAUUCACACCGGAGAGAAACCCUACGAGUGUGUAGACUGUGGAAAAACCUUCAAUCGAAAUUCAUCGCUUGUCUUACAUCAAAGAACUCACACAGGGGAGAAGCCGUAUCGCUGUAACGAGUGUGGGAAGCCCUUCACGGACAUCUCUCACCUCACGGUGCAUCUGAGAAUCCACACGGGCGAGAAGCCCUACGAGUGCAGCAGGUGCGGCAAGGCCUUCCGCCACGGCUCCUUCCUCACCCAGCAUGAGAGGACUCACACGGGAGAGAAGCCUUUUGAAUGUGCAGAGUGCGGGAAGGCUUUCAGCCGCAACUCUCAUCUCACCGUGCACCAGAAGAUCCAUUCUGGGGAGAAGCCGUACGAGUGUCAAGAGUGUGGAGAGUUCAUCGAGAGCGCGUACCUCAUCAGGCACCAGAGGAUUCACACGGGCGAGAAGCCCUAUGGCUGUAACCAGUGCCAGAAGCUUUUCCGGAACAUUGCUGGCCUUAUCGGGCACCAGAGGACUCAUACUGGCGAGAAGCCCUACGAGUGUAGUCAGUGCGGCAAAGCUUUCAGGGACAGUUCCUGCCUGACCAAGCACCAGCGGGUCCACACGAAGGAGACCCCGUACCAGUGUCCAGAAUGCGGGAAAUCUUUCAAGCAGAACUCUCACUUGGCAGUGCACCAGAAACUGCACCGCAGGGAGACGCCCAGCCGGUGUCCACAGUGCGGGAGGGUGUUCAGGAGGUACUCCGCUCUCCUCCGUUAUCAGCGCAUACACCCUGGAGGGAAAUGA